GCAAUCGCAACGGCAGAGACGCUGUCUUGCGAGCUGUUUGAUUUCAAUUCGGGUGUGGCAUAAAUUAUUGAAAUAAAAUAUUGUUGUAUCCGUGAGCUAGUGGUACAGCUUGAUCGACAUGAUUUGGCAUAAUAUAUUUGCAGUUAUUUCUUUGCUGGUUAUUUCGGUUAUCGUAGUGUUCGGGCUGGAAUGUUACGUUUGUGAAAACCAAGAAGAUAACAAUGAGAAAUGCGUGAAAACCAUAAUGACUUGUCGAGAUUAUGAAGAUGUAUGUUUGACUAAGAUAAAAUGGGGCAGUCCGCCUUAUUGGUCUCAAGGGGCGAAGAAGCAGUAUUACAUAUCGAAGACUUGUUCGAGCAAGACCGAAUGCGCGGCCACCAGGCAGCGGUACAUGCCCACCUGCACCCAUAUCUGGUAUCAGGAUUGGGAAUGCUCGGAUUGUUGUCAAGGAGACAGGUGUAAUUACUAUAUCAUAAUUUGCCACUGUUUUUACAACCCGACCGAUAGCGGUGCCGUACAGAUUACGCAAAGUAACUUGGACAUGGUAUUGGCUUCCAAUGAGGUGGUAUUUAUCAAUUUCUACGCCGAAUGGUGUAGAUUCAGCAACAUGCUGAUGCCUAUAUUUGAUGAUGCCGCCGACGAAGUGACCAAAGCCGGAUAUGACCCUGGCAAGGUGGUCAUGGGGAAGGUGGACUGUGACAAGGAAGGAGCGGUGGCAACCAGGUUCCAUAUCACAAAGUAUCCCACAUUGAAGCUUUUCCGUAAUGGGUUGCCUGCAAAAAAAGAAUACAGAGGUCAGCGAUCAGUAGAAGCAUUCUCAGACUUUAUCAAAAAACAGCUGACCGAUCCUGUCAUCACGUUCAGUUCUCUCAAAGAGCUCCAUGACCUAAGCGAGGACAAGAGACAUAUCAUUGGCUACAUGGAUCGCAGGGACCAGCAGGAAUACCAGUUGCUCAGGAAGGUGGCUGCUAGUCUCAAAGAUGAGUGCAUUUUCCAUGCUGGCUUUGGGGAAGCGUCGCAACAAAUGCAUCCAGCAGGCCAGCCAAUUGUCGUAUUUAGAACGGACCGAAAAGUGUCCGAAGAGCCAGAUGAGACCUACAAGGGUUCCCUCACAAACUUCGACGAGCUCUACACAUGGGUGCAAGAGAAGUGUAUACCCCUAGUGCGGGAGAUCACCUUCGAAAAUGCAGAGGAAUUAACGGAGGAGGGAUUGCCAUUCCUCAUCUUGUUCCACCAUCCUACUGACACGGAGAGUGUGAAGAGAUAUAAGGAGAUUAUUAAGAGAGAUUUGGCCCCUGAAAAACAGAACAUCAACUUCCUAACGGCGGACGGCGUGCGGUUCGAGCACCCGCUGCACCACCUCGGCAAGUCCGUGUCCGACCUGCCGCUGAUCGCCAUCGACUCGUUCCGGCACAUGUACCUGUUCCCCAACUACAGCGACAUGGAGAAGCCCGGGAAGCUGUUCCACUUCUUGCAAGACUUGUACUCGGGGAAACUACAUAGGGAAUUCCACUACGGCCCGGAUCCGAACCAAAUAGCAGAUAGCAACGACGUCAAAGUGACAACGCCACCCGAAUCCACUUUCAAGAAGCUAGCUCCCUCCAAAAACAGAUACACUUUGCUGCGAGACGAGUUAUAAGGUUACUGUGACCCUUAUCAUUUAGUUUAAGCAUAGAGAAAUGUAGUAAGAAUAGAGUGCUCACUCCAUACAUAAGUUUUGGUACCAAAACGACUAUUUUCGCAGUCGACAUCUAGAUGUAGACUCGAUGCCAGCAUCGAGUAGCGGAAUUCUCAGUACCGCUACUUGAUACUAGAAUUCUCUAGUGUCGCGACUCACGAAAAUUGUAUUAAACAACAAUUUACAACUAAUAUUAGAAGUACGAGUUGAAAAUAGAGUUCUGGUUAGCCCGGUUAUGAUAUUACCUGAAAAUUGUUUAAUAUUAGACUUUUCGGUCGUUACAACAUCUAUUGUCAAGUAGCAGUACUGAUGAUUUCGCUACUCGAUGCUAGAUGUCGACUAUGACAAUAAUACAUAGUCGUUUUGAUACAAAAACUGAUGUAUGGAUGGAGUGAGCACUCCUAUGUAUUUUUUUCUCUAUGGUUUAAGUUCGGAGCCAUCCAACUUCACCUUUCCGUUUAAAUUAAUUCCUUUCUGCAUUUCCCUUCGAUAUUUAUUUUAAUUAAAAGCCUUUCCUUGAACAAAAUAAUGUAUUCAUUGCAUUAGAUAAUGCAAGAAUUACCAUUAAAUUAAAGUCGUCUGCUUAAAACGUAAACUGGCGGAACUGGUUUUGUAUUCGAGUCCCAAAAUGAACAUGCAUUUAUUUAGUUGAAUUUGUUGACGAAUAAGAAUGUUAUUUAAGAGUUCUCAUAAGAAAUCAGCGCUAAACUUUAAUGGACUUACGAGUAUAUUGAGAAUCAGACCUUUCAAGGCAUGAGGGUUAAACAAAUUUUGCCACCGAGUGAAACAACAUUUUUCACCACAACAACACAAGGAAAAUACUAACUGUAAAAUAUCAGAUAUAAUCAAAGCAAAUCGAUUCAAAAUGAAUGUUUAUCAUUCAAAAUCAUCAUUUAAAACUCAGUUCUACCAGCCAUCAUGAGGAAACAACUCAAAUUCUGCAUAUGAUUACAUUGCCCCACAUGUGGAUAAAGUGCAAGUGUGGUGAAAAAUGAAUUAUUAGAUUUUUCUUGUACUAUAUUUAAAGACAAUUUUGAUUUAUUGUCUAUACGAAUAUGUCUUGUCAGGUCAUACGAGUAUUGUCCCAUAAAAAUAAAUGAAGUAAAUUUAUAUAUUACGAUGUACGGGUUUACGUUUUAUGCGAAUGAAGAAAAGCUCAUCAGUUUUAUAACUGUAACAUGAUUGUACUUUUGCUUCAAUACUAGCCGACACUUAUGAAAAUAUUAUUAAUUUAUUAUAGUACAUAUAUAUUGUAUAGGUUCAAGAACCGAAUCGAAUUUCUAUUGGUAGUUUCAUAUAAGUAAUUUUUAAUCGAGCUUCAGAUUUUUUUCGCGUAUCGUAUCGCGGUGGCAUCCUCUUUUAUGUUUUCUUAGCUGCCUGCUAAUACAUGCCUUUUCCAUCCUAUGUUUUGCAUUGUAACGUAACAAAUGUUACACUAGAUUUUGGUUUACACCGUACAAAUCAAUGUAAUAUACAUUAAUGUAAACAAAGUUGUCGCAAAGUAUAUUUGAUUUGUAUAUCUUGUAUAUUUACUACUUGUAUUAUGUAUUGAUAAGAAAUCUUGUGAUCUAACUACCACUAUUGUUGCGAUUUAUAUCCGUAUGUAUCUCCUUUUCGUUAUUUAUAAUUAUUGUUACGCAAGUUGAAAUGGAACAGUCAGCAGCAGAAGUUGCUAAGCGGGUGAGGUGUUCAAAAUUACCUUGACACGCUCUUAUCUUAAGAAUAAAGUCGCGUCAAGAUCAUUUUGAACACCUCGCCCGCGUAGCAACUUCUGCUGCUGACUCAACCUGAAAGCGAGUGAGUGUGCAUAAGAGUUGACAUCCAAAUGCAAUACGAUUUAUUCUGGCAAGUAUGUGAGAAAAGCCACAUUUAGAUGGUUCAAGAAAUUGCAGGCAAUAUUCGAUACAUUGCUAGGAAGCGCUGGUGGCCUAGCGGUAAGAGCGUGCGACUUGCAAUCCGGAGGUCGCGGGUUCAAACCCCGGCUCGUACCAAUGAGUUUUUCGGAACAUAUGUAAGUACGAAAUAUCAUUUGAUAUAAUUACUAGUCGCUUUUCGGUGAAGGAAAACAUAGUGAGGAAACCGGACUAAUCCCAAUAAGACCUAGUUUCCCCUCUGGGUUGGACGGUCAGAUGGUAGUCGCUUUCGUAAAAACUAGUACCUACGUCAAAUCAUGGGAUUAGUUGUCAAGCGGACCCCAGGCAUGUGAACCGUGGCAAAAUUCCGGGAUAACGCGAGGAAGAAGAAGAUUCGAUACAUUGCUGACUACAGAGUACCAUCGCCCACACUGUUCUGUCCAUCGGUGGACCUUAUGCCUUUUGUAAUAAGGUCCACCGAUCCGAUGGACAGUUAAAGAGUGUUGGUGUUUAUAUAACGAAUUCACUUGAUCGCCCAAAUACUGCAAUGUAACGAAAAUCGCAUGCAAGUUCUUGGACGGUCUAAUGGGGCUUGAGAGAGAGACGAAUGCAUUAUGUCUGUGAAAAACGCUAUCGCCCUACCAGUACUAUCUUGAACAUAAUUAACUUUCUAUUCGUAAACCUUGCAAUGUCAAGGUCUAACCAAAGAGAAUUUGAAAUAGAAGAAUAUUGGCAAAGUAAAUUAUGUAGUCUGUACAUUUACUGCCAUCUUUCGACGCAAAUCAUUAAAACUUGUAGAACGCCAGUCAAAUGACUUUGAUCCUUAUUCCUUCAUUGAUACGUGUUAAAUAUGUUAAAUGUUAAAAAGUAUCGCCAUCUACUCGAGAGUAGGCCAAAGGUAUGGCGCCAUCGCUCGAAAAGAUUGCACGUUCUAAAGUGUUAAUCAUUUGUGUCGAAAGAUGGCAGUAACUGUGUUGACUACUUGACUACAUAAUUUACUUUGACAAUAUUCCUCUAGUCUAAAUUCUCAUUUGUCUAAAGUUCUACCAAUGAUUAGUUAAGUGGGUUACCGGGAGUACGGAAGGCAUAUAAUGGUCACAUUGGUCACCACAUUGGUGUUCCUAAUAAGGUAAUUAGAUUUAGGUAUCUUAUUAGAAUAAUUAACCAAUUUAAUUCUUGGAACGACACGCCUAUUUUAUACAACGGGUCAUCGUAAACCUUAUCUUGUAUGGACGACGGUUGAUAUUAAUUUAACUGUAACCGUGAUUGGCGGUCAAAGGGUUGAGAAGCCUUAUUGAGAAAACCAAAAGUUUCAUCUUGCGCUUGAAUGCGACCAUAAUAGCCUUUAGUAACCGGCAUGUUGAAAUCUGCUGUCUAAUAGUGAUACUUUCUAUAUAGGGUAAUCAAAUUAGAUUCCCAGCAAGCUGGAAAUCGUCUUGAUACAUUUUGGAAAAAAAAUUGCUCUUUUUCAGUUUUUUGCUUGUAGUUCAAAAACGGUACGUCCGACGGAAAAUUUGCUCUAAUCAUGAUAAAAAUUUACAUCUGAGGAUUCGAAGAGGCCGCCACUUUGAAUUUCUUCCGUUGUAAAAUCGUGUUAAAAUCCGAUUUUAUUUUACCAGUGUCUGGUUUAAAUGAUUUUGAAGGUGGGUUCCUUCUACAUCGAGUGGUUUUGUCAAUCCGAGGUAAAGUAUAUCUCCCAAGGCUCGCAAAAUGUAUCUACAUCUCUUGAUAUAGAGCAAACUCAGAUUAUACGCAUUUAGGACCAAUUGAAGAUAUUAAAAUGAUUACCAGCUUGAUGGGAAUUAAUUCCUCAACACGCUUUUUUGGAUCUAUUUUUAUUGGCCUAAUAUGUUGCGUAUCAUUCUUAUUCCAGAGAUAAACUGUUACACAGGCAGUCAAUAGACUGUGGAACGCACUUUUGUAUGGUUUUCCAGUCUGUAUUAUUGAUAAAAAAUUAGUUAUUUGUUGUUAGAAGUGGGCUAAGAAAAAAAUGUGCUGAAUUGUCACACGGCCGUACAGCGACAUCUAUUUAAACUGUCAUUCUUAGACUUUACAGUUACAUCUUCUAAUAUAACUUUUAGUUGAUAGUACCCGUUUACACUUUGAUUCUUCACUUGGAUCAUUAUGCUAUUCGCAAACAAGAGUGCUACAUUCCUCGAGGUAAAGGAAAGAGUUGUCACUAUUAUGUGAAAUGUUUGUACAAAUUGUAUGUCAUGUGUCGCGUGUUAUGGUGUAAUAAAAUUUCUAAAACUUAAAA